GGUCGACCCGUAAUCGAGGAAGAAUCAGAUCCGACCCUAAGUGUAGCCGAGUAGCGUCCCCGACGAGUCGCAUCUCUCAAUCUCUUUCUCUCUCGCUCUCUCCCUUCCUCCGUCUGUGAAAAGAUGGCGGCGAGACCUGAAGGAAGUCCGCCGGAGGUUACGCUGGAGACCUCCAUGGGUCCUUUCACCGUCGAGAUGUAUCACAAACACUCCCCGAGAACUUGCCGGAACUUCAUCGAGCUCUCCCGGAGAGGUUACUAUGACAACGUUCUGUUUCACAGAAUCAUCAAGGUCUGUUUUCCUGUUUCCAUUCUAACUCUUCGUUGUACUGAGAACACUGUGAUAAAGUUCAAGGAAUUUGAUUCCUUUGGAAUUGAUUUGUUUCAGGAUUUCAUCGUGCAAGGUGGAGAUCCUACCGGAACUGGAAGAGGAGGCCAAUCCAUUUAUGGUUCGAAGUUUGAGGACGAGAUAAAGCCAGAGUUGAAGCACACAGGAGCUGGGAUUUUAUCAAUGGCAAACGCUGGCCCCAAUACAAAUGGGAGUCAGUUCUUCAUCACUUUAGCACCAGCACCGUCCUUGGAUGGAAAGCACACAAUAUUUGGCAGAGUUUGCCGUGGUAUGGAGGUGAUCAAGAGGCUCGGUAGUGUUCAAACCGAUAACACCGACAGGCCAAUCCAUGAAGUGAAGAUCCUGAGGACCAAAGUUAUUGAUUAGAGUCAUUAAGUAAACGACGAUGACAUGAAGACCUAUAACUAUGUACUGAUCCUUGUUACUGGUUUUUAUCAAGAAAAAAAAAUUAUAAGUCAAUUCACUUUUUAUCAUUUGUAAUCUUGGGUCCUUCCUAUCAAGUCAUCUACAUCGUAAUUUCUUUA